CGAGGCGCCGGCGGGGCCCGGGCCUGCGUCUGAGGGAGUCCGCCGGGCCGCCGCCGCCGCCGCCGCCGCCGCGCUCGCCGUGAGGCAGACAAAGCGAGAGGGGGGGAGGAGGGAGAGCGGCCGGGCGGCCCGGGCGGGGGCGGAGGGGGCGGAGGGGGAGGAUGCUCCGCUGCAUGCCGCCGCUGUGGCGCUGCAACCGGCAGGUGGAGGCGCUGGACCGGCGCCACUGCUCGCUGCAGGCCGUGCCGGACGACGUCUACCGCUACAGCCGCUCCCUCGAGGAGCUCCUGCUCGACGCCAACCAGCUCCGCGAGCUGCCCAAGCCUUUCUUCCGACUUCUCAACCUGCGCAAGUUGGGCCUGAGCGACAAUGAGAUCCAGCGCCUCCCUCCCGAGGUGGCCAACUUCAUGCAGCUGGUGGAGCUGGACAUCUCCCGCAACGACAUUCCAGAAAUUCCAGAAAGUAUCAAGUUCUGCAAAUCCCUGGAAAUCGCAGACUUCAGCGGGAACCCGUUGUCCAGACUCCCCGAAGGCUUCACUCAGCUGCGCAACCUGGGACACCUGGCCCUGAACGACGUCUCCCUGCAGUCCCUGCCCGGUGACAUUGGCAAUCUGGCCAACUUGGUGACCUUGGAGCUUCGUGAGAACCUGCUCAAGUCCCUCCCAGCCUCCCUCUCAUUCCUUGUCAAGUUAGAGCAGCUGGACCUGGGCGGAAAUGACCUGGAGGUGCUGCCAGACACGCUGGGCGCACUGCCCAACCUGCGGGAGCUGUGGCUGGACCGGAAUCAGCUCUCGUCUCUCCCGCCCGAGCUGGGCAACCUGCGGCGCUUGGUUUGCCUGGAUGUCUCUGAGAACAAGCUGGAGCACCUGCCCGAAGAGAUCGGUGGGCUGGGGGCUCUGACGGACCUGCUUCUCUCGCAGAACUUGCUGGAGAGUAUUCCUGAUGGGAUUGGCCAGCUGAAGCAGCUCUCCAUCCUGAAGGUUGAUCAGAACCGGCUGGCGGAACUGGCCGAGGCAAUUGGGGAAUGUGAGAAUUUGUCAGAGCUCAUCCUGACAGAGAAUAUGCUAACGGCACUGCCCAAAUCCCUGGGGAAACUUGUCAAGCUGACAAACCUCAAUGUGGACCGGAACAGACUGCUGGCGCUCCCUCCGGAGAUAGGAGGUUGCAACAGCCUGAAUGUCUUGUCUCUCCGCGACAACCGCCUGGAGUUCCUGCCCUCUGAGCUCGCAAGCACCACGGAGUUGCACGUGCUGGACGUGGCUGGCAACAAGCUGCAGCACCUGCCCUUUGCCCUGACAAGCCUCAGCCUGAAGGCCCUCUGGCUGGCAGAGAACCAGUCGCAGCCGAUGCUGAAGUUCCAGACGGAGGAGGAUGAGAAGACUGGCGAGAAGGUGCUCACCUGCUACCUCCUUCCCCAGCAGCCAUCACCCAGCCUAGAAAAUCUGCUGCAGAACAGCGUGGACGAGAGCUGGACAGACACCAACCUCAACCGCGUCAGCGUGAUCCAAUUUGUGGAUGAACCCAGAGUGGACGAAGAGGAGGAGGAGGAGCUUGGAACUGAGAGGAAGGGCCUGCAACGCCGUGCGACCCCUCACCCGAAUGAGCUGAAGUCCAUGAAGGAGGCGAUUGAAGGGCGGCGGAGUGAGGCUUCCGUGGCCAAAGCGGGUGCGGUCCAGGACUCUUCCCGUCCAGGGGAGAAGCGACUGAGUGCCACAUCCUGCCAGAGCGAGGAGUCGCAGGUAUCCAGCAGCACCGUCUCUGCUGGUUGCCAGGACGAGGCCGGGAGGAGUGUGCAGCAGGCAGCCAGGCCGGAAGAGGGGCUGAGCGCUGGGGCCACGGAAGAGGUGGUGGAGAAGGGCCGGUCGCAGAGCAGAGAAGAGGAGGAAGCCACAGGAGACCGAGACGAAGAGCUGGAGGUGGAGUUCAAUGAGCCCUCUGUGCGUUUUUCCGAAGACACUCUGGUCCGCAGUGAGGAUGAUGAAGAGGAGGAGCGCCGUUUCCCAGCAGGGAAGCAACGAUUGAUCCGCAAGGAUACCCCCCACUACAAGAAGCACUUCAGGAUCGCUCAGCUGCCGCAGCCCGAGGCAGUGGUAGCCCUCUUGCAAGGGUUGAAUGCUGAUGGGGGGGCCCCAGCACGGGAGGAGGAGCCGUGCAAGAACGGGUGGGAGGAAGAGGAGCCCCAGAACGAGCCCCUGGCUGCUCCGUCCUCUGUCAAGGGGGUGUCGUUUGAUCAAGCCAAUAAUCUGCUGAUUGAACCUGCUCGCAUUGAGGAGGAAGAGCUGACUCUGACCAUUGUGCGGCAGACGGGGGGGCUGGGCAUCAGCAUCGCAGGGGGCAAAGGCUCCACCCCCUACAAGGGAGACGACGAGGGUAUCUUUAUUUCUCGUGUGUCAGAGGAAGGCCCGGCUGCGCAGGCGGGGGUGCGAGUGGGAGACAAGCUCCUGGAGGUGAACGGUGUCUUGCUGCACUGUGCCGAGCAUCACGUGGCUGUGGAGGCACUGCGUGGCUCGGGCAGCACCGUCUCCAUGACCGUCCUGCGGGAGCGGAUGGUGGAGCCCGAGAACGCCAUCACUGUCACGCCCCUGCGGCCCGAAGACGACUACAGCCCCCGGGAGCGACGAGGGGGGAGCCUGCCCUUCCCCGAGAGGCCGGAGGGAGCAGCCCCCACGGAGCGGCUCUCUGCCUGCCUGAUGCGCAACGAGCGGGGGCUGGGCUUCAGCAUCGCCGGGGGCAAGGGCUCCACGCCGUACCGGCCAGGGGACACGGGGAUCUUUAUUUCGCGGAUCGCAGAAGGGGGUGCGGCACAUCGGGACGGCACCCUGCGUGUGGGGGACAGGGUCCUCCUGAUCAAUGGGGUAGACAUGGCAGAAGCCAGGCAUGACCAGGCCGUAGCGCUGCUUACCGCCACCUCGCCCUCCAUCAUGCUGCUGGUCGAGAGAGAGGCCGCCGCUCUGCCCGGCGAGGGAGACCAGUCCUCGGGGCAGCGAGUGCGGGUCCACUCUCCCCCACCCCCCACCCAGCAGGGAAGCCCGCCUGAGGAGUCCCGCCGGAGCUGUCUGCCCCAGUCCCUGGAGAGCCAAUACCCCGUGGAGGAAGUCUGCCUGGUGAAAGCAGGGGGCCCCCUUGGACUCAGCAUCGUCGGGGGGAGUGACCACUCCAGCCACCCCUUUGGGAUCCAGGAGCCGGGCGUCUUCAUUUCCAAGGUGAUUCCACGGGGACUGGCGUCCCGCAGUGGGCUACAGGUGGGGGACAGGAUCCUAGAGGUGAAUGGCAUCGACCUCUGCCAUGCUACCCACCAGGAGGCUGUGAGUGCCCUCCUCUCCAACACGCAGCAGCUGAGGAUGGUGGUCAGGCGAGACCCACCCCCACCUGGGAUGGAGGAGAUCUGCAUUGAGAAGAGGCCCGGGGAGAAACUCGGCAUCAGCAUCCGUGGCGGUGCCAAGGGCCAUGCAGGGAACCCCUUUGACCCCACAGACGAGGGCAUCUUUAUCUCCAAGGUCAGCUCUACGGGUGCUGCGGCCCGUGAUGGCCGGCUGAAAGUGGGCAUGCGUAUCCUGGAGGUGAACCAUCAGAGCCUGCUGGGCAUGACCCACGCCGAAGCGGUCCAGAUCCUGCGUGCUGUCUGUGAUUCUCUCCUGGUGCUCGUCUGCGAUGGGUUUGACCCCAAGGCUGUGGCUGCCCUGGAGAUGUCUCCUGGGAUCAUUGCCAAUCCGUUUGCGGCUGGCAUGGGCCGCAAGAACAGCUUGGAAAGCAUUUCCUCCAUCGACCGGGACCUCAGUCCAGAGGAGCUGGACCUGCUGCAGAAGGAGAUGGAGAUGGUGAGGGAGACGACCCAGUGGGAGAGGGAAGAGAAGGAGAAAGUGGAGCGGAUGCGCAGGCAGCGGGAGACGGCCACGCAGCUGCUGGCGGAAGCUCCAGAGGACAUCAGCACCGAGCCCCUGCAGCUGGAUUACCGCACCCUGGCAGCCCUGCCCAGCAGCGGCCUCCCAAAAACUGCCCGCGGUCUUCCCUGCUGUGAAAUGGAGAGGGAUUCCCAGGUGCCGCCUGCACCAGAGGCUGCAGUCAUCCAUCACGCCCCCACCUCAAGCCCAGGCCUGAUGAGCAGCGUAGCUGGCGUGGCAGACAGGGCUUCCCUCGUGGAGCGGGACCAGGAUGAGCAGAGUUUGGUGGACUCUCAGCCCAUCCCCUUCAGCGCCAACCCCUUUGUGGUGGCGAAUCGGCAGGGCAGAACUACUGGGAAGGCGUGCUUGGGGGGUCCUCCCCUUGGCUACGGCCAGGGUGGGGUCCUGAGGACCAGUCUCUACGCCAAGACGCUGGCCGGGGAGACUGAACUGGACACCAUGCAGCGGGACUCUCCUCACUCUCCUGGAAGCCAGCAACCACCUGCCGCCCCCCGGCCUGCCCACCUGGUGGGCAGAGAGACCCGUUUUGCUGCCUUGCACUGUGUUCCCGCGCACCCUGAGAGCCUGUCGACUAAGCCAGGGACUAUCCAGCCUCUGUCCCGGAUGCGGCCACCACCAGCCGCCUCAGAGGGCAGGGACAGCCCCAAUCCGUUCCAGCAGCCUGAGCUGUGCUCCAGCACCCACAACUCCUCCCCCACGCCUCCACCGCCAGUGGAGAUCUCCCUCAACGCCAAGCAGGCCUACAAGGCCUUUGCAGCGGUCCCAGCUUCAUACCCAGUCCUGGAGCCGGAGGAAGUGCAAAGCCAAAAAGGUCUGGAGAAGCCUCAGGCUCUGUCGGAGGUGCCUUCGCUGGGGAGCUCACACAGCCCAGAACAGAGAUCCUUCCGGGAACGGCAGAAGUACUUUGAAGUGGAGCUGAAGCAGCAGCCGGCAGAGAAGCCCCCCAAGCGGGUGUCCUUGGUUGGAGAAGAGGACUUGAAGAAGAUGAAGGAAGAGGAAGCUCGCAAGAUCCAGCAGAAGCGAGUCCAGCUCCUGGAAGAGGAGGUGGAGGCAGACGAGGGUGUGCAGUCCAGCAUCCUGUUUGAGGGAGUUGAGUACAAGGUCAAGAAGCAGGACGGAAAAGCUUUCCUGUCCCCAACGGCGUGGGACCCAGAGCCGGCUGAUGGACCCGCCGGCACUCAGAGGAACUCCCUUGAGGAGAGUUCGAGGCCACCGGAGCAGCAGCCCCCCUCUAUCUCUGGGCUGAGUCCCGUUUAUCCCAGAGGGGGAGAGUGGAGCGUGCCGGUGAGGACAGCCAAGGCAGAGCGGCGGCAUCAGGAGCGCCUCCGAAUGCAGAGUCCGGAGCUCCUCAGUGCUCAGGAGGCAAGGGAGCUUUCUCCUGCAGAACGGCGGGCCUUGGAGGCUGAGAAGAGAGCCAUGUGGCGAGCAGCCCGCUCUUCCACUCUAGAAGAGAGUGUUAAACAGUACGAGCAAGACCUGGCCAGGAGGCUGUACCAGGCCCGGCAACAUGCAGCAGGGCAGGCCCCAGUCAUGCGAGCGCCGGUGCCUGCAGGCCAACCAAGGAUGAAGUCUCUGGAGCAGGACGCUCUCAAAGCCCAGAUGGUGAUUGCCAAAUCCAAAGAGGGCAAGAAACGCAGCACUUUGGAACAGCUGGCAGAGUCUCCCUCGCCAGCCCCCACUCCUUCACCAACACCCCUGGAUGACUGCGGCUCCCGGAGCAUCGCAUCGCCAGGCAGGCUGUCUGUGCCUGACAAGAAGUUUGUCUACAGGGAAUUUGCUGCCAUUCCUUCUUCCAAACCUGUUUAUGACAUCCAGACGCCUGAUGGGAGUGGCCCCUGCAGAGUCCUCCAUGACAGUAGUUCAGUGGGUCCAGAGCUGGACGGAUCGACGGAGGGCCAGGAGCUUUCAGCCACGCACAGCCCCCUGACUCCUAGCGCAUCCCCUCAGGGAGAGCUGGGCCUCUUCAGCCAGCGCAAGCUCCGGCAUGCUCAACACAGCCUGGAAGCAGCUGUUCCAACAUAACGGUCCUGCCUGCUGGGUCAACGCAAGAACCAAGCGAGGGGGCAGACACUGCAGACGCGGGACUGGCACUCGCUGCUGCCUCCUCAGUGACACUGGACAGAACGGAGCUCUCCGAGGGCUCAGCAACCUUCUCUCAGGCUGUGACGCUUCCUCCUCUUCUCACAGUGCACUGGGGCGGGUUCCGAGGAACACGGACUAGCAGCGGCACCGGCAGAAGACGACGCUUUGGUGUGCAGUGUGUGUUACCUGUUGUGUGGGAGCGUAUGUGUGCGAGAGCCAGCGGUGGCUGCUUGGCAUGGGCCGCAGCGGAUAUUUGCCAAAUGGCCAGUGGACCAUUCACACACUGGGUGGGGGGGUGGGGGUAGCAGGGCCCUGGUUCAAAUUGGCUAAGGGCAGAAGAGGUCUUGCUGAUUUGUGCUGCCUCCCUCCUCACCUGUGGAGAAUGGGUCACACCCAGGCCAUGAUGCCGAGCACAGACCAUGGUCUGUUUUACAGUGGUGUGUGUGUGUGUGUGUGUGUGUGCGUGAGAGAGAGAGUGUGUGUGUAGCAGCAAUGGCACCUCAGGCCCACUUAUGAACACGACCAGGAGGCAAGUUGUGAUUCCUGCCUGGCAGUAGCAGAGGUAGAGCAGUGGGAGAGCCACGGUUAGGGGGCAGGCUAGUUGGUUUAGAGUGUGGUGACGCAGAUAGGAAGUGGGGGGGGAUGGGGGGGAAGGGGUUUGGAGUGGAGUAGUGCAGGACAAGGUGGGCCUGGCAGUGGCUGAGCCAGCUGGCGUCAGAAACGUCUCGAUGGCACACGGAGUUCCAAGGAAAGGCUGUCGCUUGGCCCUCUUGAAGUGUCGGGAUCCUGUUUGGGAAAAGGUUGGGUUGCUGGGAGGGGACACCGACAGGCGACUCUGGGCCCAGUGACGCAACUGUUGCUUAGACAGUGGUGGGAAAUGGAGGGGCUGAACUGGGGCCGCGCAUUUCCCGGGCACCUUCUUGCAAGCUGAUGCUACCCGCUGAAAGUCAGCAUGUGGAACCUCUCAUCAUGCCAAAACCAGAGGACCGUUUUAUUGAAACACGUCGGCUCCGUCUGUGGGGGGCUCCUCAGUAUCUCAGUGACGGCUGCUUCUACAUCAACCGUUAGAGCGUUUUGAUUUUAAUCUAAUUUUAGCCUUUGCUUUUAUCGAGCGGGGGGGGGGGUGAUUUGGAGGGUUUCUUUGACUAACUUAUGACUUCUCUAGGUGCUGGGCGGUGGCAUAUCUGUUCUCUCCCGGGACACUCCAAGGGAGACAAGACUGUAACUAGUGACAUUUGUACAACCAAAGAGAUCUAUUUUGUGGUUCCAGGACAAUAAAGUUUACUUUACAUUUUA